CAAGCACCCUUGGGUGCAGUGAGUGGUGUGGGAAGGUCCUUCCACCCCGGUGGCUGUGGCCUCCCCUCCUAAUGCCGUAAUCCAGCCCUGAUCCGCACCGCCCCUGGGCCACCGCUCCUGCUGACCUUGCAGAUGCUGCCCCCAGGCAAGGACCCAGUGGUGACGGGCACCCAGGGGCUGCCCCAGUUGCCCACCCAUGGCUUCAUUCUUCACAACUGCCCUGAAGAGCUUUCGGAGGGGUGCGGAGGAGUCGCCCAAGGAGCCCCCCAAGGGUCACAAGGAGGCUGCGCUGCCCAACGCCAUGGCCCAUGAGGAGUUUGAGGAGUACCAGAGGCAGCUGGUGGAGGAGAAGAUCGAGCGGGACAAGAACUUUACUCAGAAGAAGGCAGAACGGGCUACAGUGCGGAUGCACCUGCGAGACAAGUACCACCUGCCCCAGGAUGAGCGGGACGAGGCUCAGCUGCACGUGGCCGGCAGGGCGGUGGAGCUGCCACAGGAGCUGGCGGCCGUAGUGCACAAUGAGGAGGAGGAGGAUGGUGAUGCCGGAGCCUUUGGCUUCCUACCGAAGCUGGAACUGGAGCUGGACCUCCCAGCGCUGCGGGACCGCGCACUGGGCACUGUAGAUGAGGUGAAGGAGAAGUGUGCCCUGAUGUAG